GGGCGGCGAGCCCAGGUCGGACUUCCUCGGAGCCUGGCGAUCAGCGAAGAUCCCAUCUUCGACUCUAGCUCUCUGCCCUACCCCGAGCCCUCCGGAGCCCCGGACCCGAGCACGAUGUGGAAACGCUGGCUGGCGCUAGCGCUGGUGGCCGUCGCCCUGGUCCACGGCGAGGAAGAACCAAGGAGCAAAUCCAAGAUCUGUGCCAAUGUGUUUUGUGGAGCUGGCCGGGAAUGUGCAGUCACAGAGAAGGGGGAGCCCACGUGCCUCUGCAUUGAGCAAUGCAAACCGCACAAGAGGCCUGUGUGUGGCAGUAAUGGCAAGACCUACCUCAACCACUGUGAGCUCCACAGAGAUGCCUGCCUCACUGGAUCCAAGAUCCAGGUUGAUUAUGAUGGACACUGCAAAGAAAAGAAGUCCGUGAGUCCAUCUGCCAGCCCAAUUGUCUGCUAUCAAGCUAACCGUGAUGAGCUCCGGCGUCGCAUCAUCCAGUGGCUGGAAGCUGAGAUCAUUCCAGAUGGCUGGUUCUCUAAAGGCAGCAACUACAGUGAGAUCCUGGACAAGUACUUCAAGAACUUUGAUAAUGGUGACUCUCACCUGGACUCCAGUGAGUUCCUGAAAUUUGUGGAGCAGAAUGAAACAGCCAUCAACAUCACCACUUACGCUGAUCAGGAGAACAACAAACUGCUCAGAGGACUCUGUGUUGAUGCUCUCAUUGAACUGUCUGAUGAGAACGCUGACUGGAAACUCAGCUUCCAGGAGUUCCUCAAGUGCCUCAACCCAUCCUUCAACCCUCCUGAGAAGAAGUGUGCCCUGGAGGACGAAACCUACGCAGAUGGAGCCGAGACGGAGGUAGACUGUAACCGCUGUGUCUGCUCCUGUGGACACUGGGUCUGCACGGCAAUGACCUGUGAUGGAAAGAAUCAGAAGGGGGCCCAGACCCAGACAGAGGAGGAGAUGACCAGAUAUGUCCAGGAACUCCAGAAGCACCAGGAAACAUCUGAAAAGGCCAAGAAGGUAAACACCAAAGAGAUCUAACAAGAAGCGCACACAGCACCGUGUCUGGAGCCCAGCACCUCCUCUUCAGCGCUGAGUCCAGUAUACACGAGCGAGCGUCUGCUGAAAUCACCAAACCACCAGUAUUUGCUUGUAUGGCGAUGAAUACUAUUUUGUUUGUUUUGCAAUGAAGGAAAUGAGGCUGGCUGGCUAGCGAAGGAAGGCCACAACCUUCAUUUCUAGGAGUGUUUUAAGAGACACUAACGGGCACUUUGGGGCUGGAAGCAAGGAAGGAAACUGCAUCAGGCUGGCAGAGGAGCGGACCCAGGUCUGAAUGAGUCCGUUCUGGGUGCACAGCAGCUGUGUGGAGGCUACAGGGAAAGCAUGUGAUGUUGCGGGGGAGAGCUGAGCCGGCUUUGCUGGAGGAAGGGUUGGGAGCUCUGUGGAGAGGGAAACACUGUCGGCAUGACAGACUGCAGCAUAUCCACUUCCCCCCUUGGUUCCAUCAGUCACCUGAAUACACAGCCAUCCCACUAGUUACCUGUGUCCCUCAAAUUUGGAUGGACUUUUCAGGAGGGUGUGUUUAAAUGAUGCAGAUACUUAGAUACUUCAAGCGCCAUGGAGACCUAACCAAAAUUUUAGAAGACAUUUUUUUUUUUUUUUUUACCAAAGGUGCUAUUUCUCUAUAAAAGACUUUUCUUUUUGCAAACUGACUUCAUUCCUCAAUUAUUAUCAUUAUAUUAUUGUCAUUUUUUAGUUUUUCAUUUUCUUGACUAGAUAUUAAGCUUUUGUAAUUUUUUUUUCAGUAGCCUUUCAUAUCAGAGGUGAAAGGGGUUUGGGAGUUUUUCUGGGUACAGGGAACCCUGUAACAUAGAAGGCCUUUUGCCCUGCCACAUACUAGACUAGAUGCAACCCAGAGCUGCACCACCCCACCGCAGGCUUCCAGAAGGUCAGCUGCAUGCCAAGAAGCGUGAGGUGCCUCAGACAGAAGCCAUAGAAAGAAGCGUCUUCAUAGACAGUUGUUGAGAUCCAAAGAAUUCAUUUGUUUUUGUUUCCUGUAAGAAGUUCAAAGGACAGAACCCAGGCUACCCCAGUCUGCCAACACUCUGAUCUGUGGCUAACUGGCAGAGUGGCUGGGGGCCUCUAGGUCUGCUCCUACUUCUAGGUGUCAGUUUCCAUUACAAACUUGAUAAGAAUGCAUCUUGGGAACUUCCAACCUUCUCGAAAUGGUGCACAUGAGUGCAAUCUCUGGUUGGAGUCAGAGAUUUCCCCCAUACAGAUGAAGAUAAAAGUUUUCAGAUUUGAAAGCAGUUAAAAAUGAAGUUUAAUCUUAAACCUUAGCACUUAAGGUGGGGGAACUACUCUGUUAUUGCAAGUCAGUCCUUUCUUUGACCUCUGAUUCUUAAACUCCCUUAUUGCCAUGUUUCAUGUGCAUUUAACAUCACACACACACAAAAAUCAAAACCUUAUCUCAUUUGCAAAACUCAAACUAUAGACCCUCCAAAUAAAUUGCUGAGAUUUCCCUGAAUAGUGUGGAAAGUUGGGAUGGACGCAGAAUUCCUCCUAAAUAGUUUUUCCUGUUCUCAUUUGAAAGGCGACAACUCCACAUUGCUGAGUGGCCUGUGCUUUUUUUGUACCACCCAUUCAAAAGCUCCCUGAACCCCUUGUGCAGUCCGGAUUUCAACUUCCUCUCCAAGUGCCUUGGAGAACUCACAGCAGCAUGCCUUAAUCAAAAGUUUUGCCAGUUCUUGGACAGGAUGGGAGAGGGCAGAAGUAUCAGUUUGCUCAAAGCAAGUAGCUAUAGUGUCUGUUCACCAGUCAUCUUUAGAACAGUGGUUUUCAACCGAGACUAUCCCACCCAGUAACACUAAAUACACAAGGCCAAGCUCCCACUCCUCUGGAGUUCUGUGUAAGUAAGGCAGCUGUUGUCUACACCACCAUAGAUUCAUGUGAUACCUAAACCAUUCAUGAAAAGCUGCUAAGUAGCCUAGUUUGGGGAGCCUUAGGUAGAGCUUUGCAUGGGACCAACAAGCAGGAUUGCAUCAAGUUCAGUCCCUACAGUCCUCCAGAAGCCAAGACUGCAGGCUUCCUGGGCCUUCUGAGUUUUGUUUUGUUUUAAUAAACAACAGUGUCUGUUAAGAUUCAAAGCCAAGGGAGGUUUUCCCAUACACAUAUGCCAUGACUCUGGAUACUACUACUGUCAGUCUUGGGAAAGCAGGCUCCUUCUGUAACCAAGGCCAUGUGAACAGUCUGAAUUCCUUCUAUGUCUAUGAUCUAAAUAGUUAAACUUCAGGAAACAAUUUCAACAGAUCUCUGUUGCCCAUGUGGUUAUGAAAAUUCAUUUGUAUUUAGUGUGCUUCCAUAUUUCAUUUAACUUGUUUUUGUAAUUUCUGAUUUUUGUUACUAUUAAUAAAUAAAAAUAAAAUAAGU